CUGGAGAAAAUCGGCCGCAAGGAGGGCGAGCGAGUUCAUCCAAACGGGCUGCGCAACCCAUUCAUUCAUUCAUUCCCUCGCCAUUCUCUUAUUGAUCCCCCCCCUCUCCGCGUUUGCAACCCGCUUCAUCACUCCGUCGGCACCUCAUCAGACAAGACUGGCCCUGCCGGCGCUGCGCCUGACUGCUUGCUGGCCCGCUCGCCGCCGCCGCCGUCUGGUUUGUUUGGAGCCUCGAGGCUACUACAGCAGCGCCUUGCCUUACUCUCAAACUCUACCUCCCUCUCGCGCUCACACAAACAACCUUCAUCCUCAUCACAACCCAACCCAACCCCCCGCUGCCUUCUUCAUCUCUGCACCUCUCGCUGCGAUCAUCGUCCGCAUCGUCUCGGACGUCCGCGGCAUCAUCCUCUGUUGCCCUUUUUACUUGCCCUUGCGGCGUCCCUGUCUGUGUCUGCUGACACCAACCACCACGGGAGCCGCUUCUGAUUUUCUUACACGCUUUCGCCUCCCGCCGCUGCAUCUCGCGCGCUGCCCCGGUUCACCACAAUGGACCGCGCUCGCCGGGCUGCAGUGAACAAUCGCCGCAAGCCUCUUGGAGCAUCCUCUUCGCCUCAGUCAAAUUCCGAGGAUCCCAUGGAGCACCUGCAGUCGCCUGGGGCAAGCCCCGUCAUGGCCUCACCCAACCAUCCCCAAAACUCCUCCACCACGCCGCACACGGCUCCCUCGAGCCGCCGCGGUAGCAAGGCCUCGCAGAGCAUGCCUCUCGCCACGCCUGGUCCUGCCUCGUCUACCGGCCUGAAGAAACGCAACAAGGCCGCUGACGGUUUCGCUGGCUCCGCCGACGAGCAGCACCACAGUGACGACAGCCCGCAAAAGGGCGGCCACAGCCUGCGUAAGCGGGCUCGCGUCGACUACACGUUUGAGCACGUCGAUGACGACCUGCUGCAGGGCGCCUCUGCCUCCGCCCGCAGAAGACGCCGCACCGACGUCGUGGAUGAAGCCCAGGACUUUUACGACACCAGUCGUGUGUCGGCUUCCAAGAAGCGUGGUGCCUCUCUCGGCGCCGAUGUGUCCGCCACCCCAACCACACCCAGCAUCGUCCGCCGAAACCCGGCCCGCAAGAGCUCCGAGGUCCAGGCCUACAAGGACGACGAGAACGUCAAGGAUACCAUCGAGGUUGGCGUCUCCUUCUCCGACGCGGAAGACUCGGACCCUCGCCGCGCCAGUGACUCUACCUCGGAACAUCACUCGCCCGACAAUGCCUUCAAGGCCGCCUCCCAAAUUGCCGAUGAAGGCCCCAUCAUCGAUUCUCCCAUGGCGUUUGGCAAUUCGCUGUUCCCGGAUCCUGCUUCUGCGGUCCCAGUCGCGCCUGUUGUCGAUGAUCAGCUCAUCGACCCUUCUCUUCAGCCGGCAACCACACCAUCCGACUCCAUCCAGAAACAGGACUUUGCGGUCACGCAGGAGCCAGCGGAACUCGAGCGUGCCACUUCUGUAGCGGAUGCUGCGGUUCCUCUCCACCCCACCGCGGACGGAGACAUUAGCAUCCCAGAUGCCCCCCCUCUGACGGAGUCGGCUCAUGUCAAGGACGACCCCUCCGACAACGAGGAGCCGUCUAUGCAGCUGCUGAAGGAGAACAAGUCCGUCGACACCACUGACCGCAAUGUCACAGAGGAUAGCUUGACCGCCUCAAAUGACGCAGUCACCGCACUUUCGGCGCCCAAGGAUGAGCCUCAAGUCACCCAGGCUUCCCAGGUCAUCUCACAUACCACGCCCGUUGUCGGCGAGGACACCCAAAUUUCUGCGCAUGCUUCCUCUGAAAAGCCCGCCAACGUGUCGACUGAUGCCAUCGUCGAUGGCGAUACAGACGCCCAGCAGUCUAUUGCACCUCCCAUCAUCACCAUUUCCGACACUACCACUAAGACUACUACGGACCUCGUCAACUCUGGUGAAGAUGCCAAGGAAACUGCUGCCGCCUCCGAUCACGCGCAGGAGACCCCCGCAAACAGCAUUGAGGCACCUCGCCCUGACCUGUCGGGGUUCGCGCACGCCGACAUGGCGGAGAUUCCACUUUACUCCGCCGAAAGGCUCCAGAACCUGAUCAAGGGUCGCUACGCCAACUUGAGCCCCUACGUUGAAGGCGAGCGACAGUCCUAUCCCAGCAAAUCCAACGUCACCUAUGAGGCGGAGUUGGAAGAACGCUUGGCCGAGGUCAAGGCCGCCAAAGAGCACAAGGAAGCUACCGAAGAUGCUGCCGAGACAAAGGACGCUGAGAAGCCUUCUGAUUCCAAGAGCGGCGAGGGCCAGGACAUGGAUGAAAAGGCCACCGAAAUACAGGAUGCCGACGACAUUGACGGCGACGACAAGGAUGGUGAUGACAUGGACGCCGACGAGCGCCCGUCCGACGAUGACGAUGCCGAGGAUAAUGAUGAGGGCGAAAACUUGGACUCCAACGAGAACGGCGACGCCGACGAUGCUGGCGAUGUGCCCGUGACUGAGACUGUGACUCCAGCACCUGCCGACACGCCCAAGAAGCGAUCCCUGGUGGCCAUGUCUCUGGACCCGAGCAAGCCGAAUGAGCUCAUCCCGCUUCCGCCAACCACAGACGGCACGGUACCGACCAAGAUGGUCAAGCCCGAGGAUGCGCCCAAGCUGAAGCACAACACCUUCAGCUUCACAAAGAUACAGGACAAAGAGAAUUACAUUGAUGCUCUCAAAAACUAUGAGACAAUGUCGACACAAGAGCUCUUCGACGUCUUGGAAGUCGUCAAUUUGGCCAUGUGCGAAUGGCAGCGCGAAUAUUUUGAGCAAGGCGAGAUCGUCCUCAACGAGGAAAACGCCAUCAACCAGGAGAUCGAAGAUGCCAAGUUCCUCAAGAAGAUGCGCAUGAACCCCGACAAAGACAUCGAGGGCUCUUGGCCGAGCGUGAAACAAAAGGGCAACAACUUCAAGGGCCGCAGAAAGCGAUACGAGGACCUCAAGCCGUUCUACGAGCUGCCCGAGGAUAAGCUGGCCGUGGCGGUCUAUGGCAAAGAGCCCCGCAACGACCCCAACAUGAUUGUCCCCGCCGAUCCCAGUCAGAAGGAAGGCGUUGUCACUCGUUCUCGGGCUUCGAGGACCACAGUCACCAGCAGUGCAGGCCGCUCCAAUCCUCAGGAGGCUCUGCCCGCCAAACGCAGACGCAGAGCCGCGGUCAACGUCGACUACACUCCGCACGAUACCAGCCGCAGCGCCACGCCUGCGCUCCUUCCGCGGGCUGCAGGCCGCAAGCGCAAGGCCAUGGUUGACGACGCGGGCAACACCGAGACCACUCCCGAGGUGGAGGAGGAGCCAGAGCCCAAGCCCAAGCGCCGCCGCCGCACCAAGGCACAAAUGGCCAAGGACAGAGCCGACGCCGAGGCUGCGGCUGCAGCUGCUGCCGCCGCCGCCGCUGCGGCCCCUACAUCCGAGCCUGCGAGCGUCAAGUCUACAAACAGACCGGGCCGCAAGCGAGUUCCCAAGCGGGCCAUCGAUCAGGAGCUGGCGUCCUUCACCAAUUCCGUCGAGGAUGAUGAGCUUGUGCCGAAGCAGAAGCGCAAGAUGCUUACUCUCAAGAUCCCCAAGGUCAAGAACUCCAGCGAGCCGUCAUCCGAGAUCACCGACAACGGCGAGUCUCGCCCUUCUACCGCCUCGUCCGAGUCGACCUCUCAUACCGCCGACUCCUCGUAUUCAUUUCGGCCCAAGCGCCAGAAGCGAUUUCGCGAUGAGCCAGAGGAUGCGGAGCCCGUGACCCCCGCUCCCCCCAAGAAGCGUGGCAAGAGAGCGCAGGCAUCUGGCGACAACAAGGAUGGUCGCAUGCCCAACUCGGCGACUGCCACGCCCGAAGUCAGCGCUCAGCCCGCCUCUGGCCGCAAGCUGCCCAAGAUUAAGGUGGUUCACAAGACCACCGAGGCUCAGAACGGUACGCCUGCUGCCGCUCAGGCCACGGCUUCUGCACCUGUCACUCCUGCCCCUGCCACCACCACGAAUGAGGGAGCAGAUGGUCGGCCCAAGGAUUACGACAAAAUGACCAAGUCUGAGAAGAUGUCAAUGUCGAUGAAGAGUCGAUGGGCGAAUGGCAACAUGGCUCAGGCCGUCGAAAAGCGCAAGGCUACCCUUGCCGCGAAGAAGCUCGCUCAGGCCGCUGCCGACUCCAAGGUUGGCAUCAUCGCCCCUAAGCCCAAGGGCAAGGCUGCCAAGAAGGAGGCCACGGCCGCCACCCAGCAGCAUGCACCUCCUGCUCCUGCUCUGCCCCAGCAGCAGAUGCAUCAGGCUCCCCAGGCGCCUCAGCAGCACACAUUCCAGCAGCAUCACCCCCAGCCUGCCACGACCACAGAGUUUAUCCAUCACGGCAUGCCCGGGAUGGGUUAUCACUACCAACACUAAAUGGACCGCGUGACGGACACAUCGCGCAAGGAUCCCCGAAUCAUACUGCAUUCUCAUCGAGGAUCGCUACUUGUCCCUUCAAGCGCAGCAGCGCCAAAGAUAUCGCAUGAAGCACAUACUUGGUGCUUCCAACCCUAGCAUCUGGGUGAUCUGCAAGGUCACCAACAUCUCGAACUGGCGUUUUCUGUCCACGUCAAGCUCAUAAGCUUGACCAUUUGCGAUCUAUUGUUCGCCCGUCUUUUCUUCACAACGCGGCACAAGGGCAUCCGCGCGUGCGCGCGCGCGCUCGUCAACGAAUCGCGUUUUCGCUGAUGACACUUCGUUCCCUUGAGAUGAGCGCUGUUUCAUACGCACAAUCGGUUUUCAUUCGCGAACUAUUGUUUCCCCGACUUUUCUUCACAAGUCGGCAUAAGUGCGUCUUGCGCCCGCCCGCGCGUCACGAAUCGUGUUUUCACUGACGACGCCUUCGUUCCCUUUGGGACGAACGCUGUCUUCUACGCAACACUCGGUUUUUUCUUGUCCUUUUUUUACCUUCCGUGUCUUGAGGCUCUUGUCGACAUCCGGGCGUUCGUCUCGUGAUGACAGGAGCGGCAGGCAGGAAAGCAAGCAGGCAAGCAAGGAGUGUGGGGUGAUCCGUGUUUUGUUGCGAUGGCGGUUGUAUGCCGCCGAGUCGAUACAUGCACCGGGGAUGGAUGGGGAUGGUGGUUCACGUUUGCUGGACGGGCGCACACGAUGACGAUGGGCCCAUGGAGAGGCAGGGAGCAACGGAGGGGAAACAUGUACAAAAUUAGCUUCCGUCCCCUGAUGCAUCAGGGCGCGCAAAACCUUGCUGUGU